UAGUCGUAGUAGCUAUCGCAAACUGUGUUUUUUUUUUUCUUUCCUUUUUUUUUGCUCUUUUGACUUUGAGAGAGAGCGACUAAAUUUGUGUGAGUGUGCGGGUUUGGAGUAGUGCGCCUGCGACGAGUUUUCCUUCGGCGUUUUCCAGGAUAAUCGGUCGGAAAAGUGUCGUUUGCCGGUCAGACGGAUUUUGGCGCUUCAAGUGUUUGCAACGUGAAUUAGGGAGUGCAAAAAUAAGCAACAAUCUUUUGAAAUAAUUUGUUAUAGAGUAAGAAGUUUACAAGUGCUAAGAAAAAUUUUUGUCCUUGGAUUUGAAAAUCGGUAAUAACAACAAAAUCGUGCUUAAAUCGACGACACGCGAAACAAUUAAAACAGUUCUUUAUUUGAAAACAAUCCGCAGAAACUAGGAUUUUCACCGCAACUUUCUCACACAGCCUACUCUUAUUUGUUUAGUGACCACGGCGUAAAAUGAUUAUGAACUCAUCGUGGGAACCUUGAAAUCCCCAAACCAAGCGACAUCCAAGCAACCUUUGAGCAGUUCGCGAGUAGUCACUCCCGUCCAUAUAUAUUCGCAUAUCGUACUCGGUGGUGAUAACAGGUGUAAAUUGUGCCAUUACCUCUGCGCCCCCGCCACCGCCUACUGAGUUCAUUAUCUGGGUGACAAUUUUAUUGACGUGUUAUCUUGGCCUGCUGUGCUGUGAGAACAUGAGCGAACGGAAACAGAGCGCGCCCUGAACUUCGACAAUCGCCAAUAAGCUCGAUUAAGUAGUUGUUGGUUGGAUUCACAACCAAGUAGCCUGCGACCACUUCCUGUGCAGAGAUUCGUCAAGUAUUUGUCUGUUUCUAUUUGCCAACAGAUUGACGUCAAGUCUUUGAAAAAUCUGCCCAUCGUCGCGUGUUUCAUAUGCUAAUCAACCCCAUCGAAGAUGAGCCGUUCAUUCGGUGGUGGUUAAGCCUCGUGUUCGAAGUGUGAACUUAAAUCUAUCAGUUAAGCCCAAACAACAAACAACUCGUGCGCGUCUGCGUGUAUCAUUAGACGAAUAUUCAAGAAUCGUUGAUCUCUGCUACCGAUCUCGACUUUGGACUUUGAUGAAGAGAGUGCGGAUAACAACUCUGGAAAUCCCAGACGCCAAUUAAACCGUUCGAUUUUUUUCGGUUCUGGCGUAAGUGUGUUCGUUUCGUCUGGUUUGCGCGGGUACAAAAGUGUUUUCGUGGUUUGGAUUGUGCAUAAACAUAGAGCAAGAGUAGACGAAUAGCCAGACAGACUGCCAGACUGUGAAGAAUUUUAUUAGCUACGAAGAUCGGCCACAACAUGGGACCAGCAGAGAACAUCGUGGAAGAUGAGCCCAGUCUGCCGGAUCUGCCGAAGGAAAUAAUUGAAGCGAAUGACCUGUUGGAUCUAAUUUCACAUAUAAUACAGUCAGACAUGCCACCGACAGCGCCCGAGAAACCGUACGUGGUCAUCACCGAGCAGCCCCAGUCGAAGGCGCUGCGCUUCCGGUAUGAAUGCGAGGGUCGUUCGGCGGGGUCGAUCCCCGGCGUUCACAGCACCCCCGAGCAGAAGACCUUCCCGAGCAUCGAGGUGCGCGGCUACAAGGGACGGGCCGUAGUGGUGGUUUCGUGCGUGACGAAGGAUCCGCCGUACCGGCCCCACCCGCACAACCUCGUUGGGAAGGAGGGCUGCAAGAAGGGCGUCUGCACGGUCGAGAUCAACAGCGCCAGCAUGAGCUACACGUUCAGCAACCUGGGCAUUCAGUGCGUCAAGAAGAAGGACAUCGAGGAGGCGCUCCGGCUGAGGGAGGAGAUCCGGGUGGAUCCGUUCAAGACUGGUUACAGUCACGCCAAGCAGCCGGCCACGAUCGAUCUCAACGCGGUGCGGUUGUGCUUCCAGGUGUUUCUGGAGGGUCAGCAGCGGGGGCGGUUCACGGAGCCGCUGCAGCCGGUGGUGUCGGACGUGAUCUACGACAAGAAGGCGAUGUCCGAUCUGGUGAUCUGCAAGCUGAGCGACGCGUGCGCCUCGGUUGCCGGUGGGAAGGAGAUCAUCCUGCUGUGCGAGAAGGUCGCCAAGGAGGACAUUUCGGUGCGGUUCUACGAGGAGCAGCACGGACACAUCCUGUGGGAGGACGUGGGCGAGUUUCAGCACUCGAACGUGCACAAACAGGUGGCGAUCUCGUUCCGGACGCCCCGCUACCGGACGCUGGAGAUCGAGCAGUCGGUUAUGGUCAACAUCCAGCUGCGACGACCGUCGGACGGUGCCACCAGUGAACCGCUGCCAUUCGAGCUCUUCCCGCUAGACUCAGGUAGGCGUAGAUUCUGGUCCCUCCAGAAGGACAUCCUGAAGAAUGACUCUCCGGAGAAUGAAGUGUUCAAGAAGAUUUUGCUCGAGGGUAGUAGCGGUGCGGUUGCGACCAAGAAGGUCGUCGUUCCUCAGCAGCAGCAGCAGGAGGAUGAGGUUAUUGUGUUGUUGGAUACUCCGCUGGCGGAGGACAAGCCGAUCGUGGCGGAGCAGAUGCCGAGUGAACAGAAAACGACCGAAUGGAUCGAACGAAACGAAUUUGAUGAUGGGGAUAAUAGUGUGAAUGCCAGCGUUGACAAUCAGCUUAUGGAUGAUGGGGGGUCGGUUGAGCAGCAGGUUCCGAAGGAGGACGAGGACAAGACGUUGAACGAGCUGCUGGAGCAGGUCGCGGAGCUGGAUGAGAUUUACGAGGAUCAUCAGUUGAGGCGCGAGAACAUGAUCUUUGAGAAUGAGCUCAAGAAUUUGGAGAAGAGUGUUCCGACGGGGUUGAUUGGGAACGGGGGUGACAAGAUGGACAUUGAUGACGUGUUUGACGAUGCCGCGACUUAUACAAGUCUGCAACGUGCCUUUAAGAAUCCGGUUUCGCUUGCGUUAGGUCCUCCGGUUCCGCCGCGGCCUCACAACGCGCUCGAGCUGGAACCGGGUGUUUACGAUGCGGUUGAACCGAUGCUCAUUUGUCCACCGAGCAUUGAGGUUAGUUCGCUGAAGCGGGAGAACAAGGAAGAUGAGAAGUUGCCUCCUCUUCCGCCGAAGCGGGCCAAACCGAACGGUUCCCAGAACAAGGAGAACGCCAUCGGGGACACUGGCGAUGAGGUCAUUCUGCACAGUAUCAUCCGUAAGGGUUCGAUGCGUUCGCUGACUCCGCGUCCCCAGUCGGAUCAGAUCAUCAUCAUGAAGAGUCCGGACAGUCCGCCGAACAAGAAGCUUCCUCCGACACCUCCGGCAUCGCCGAACAAGAAUGAGUACGGAACUCUUCCGAAGAACAAGAAACCAGGAUUCUUCUCGAAGCUGUUUUCUCGAAAGAAGAGCAAAUCUGACCUGUCGGCUAGUACGACCACUUUGACGCAGAAGGACACUCCCGGAGCGUCCAAGGAACCCAGCUUGGCAAAUUUCGAGGCCACCGAGGCGACUCGCAAGAAUUCCGAGAAGCGCAAGGCCGGCAAACCGGUCGCCCGAAGCGUCAGUAGCGUGUCCUGCAAGCGACCCUCGACCGAUGCCAACCCGGACGUGAUCUACAUCCCGUUGAAGGGCGAUGGACCCUCGACCACGAAUCUGACCUCCCGCACCGGCAACGGCAGCGGAACGCAUCUGUCCCUGCCCGGGAACGACUCGUACGAACGGGCCAGCACCGCUUCGCUACCGCCCCUGGACCGGAAGACGGUCAGCGCCCUGCAGCUGGACGUCCCCAUCCAGGACGGUAACCUGGAGCUGGUCGCCAUUGCCGAUGCGCGGAGUAUAAAGAACCUGGUCGAGGGCGACUAUGGCAUCAAGCUCGAUCCCAGCGUGGACCUGACCGAGGCCGAACACUUUGCCCUGUACACCUCGAUAGCCCCGAACGCCGCCCUCAGCGAGUUUGACGAAACGUCCUGCUACUACGCUCCGGUCGAACCCGGCCCACUUCCCCAGCAACCGAUCCGCCUCAACAGCAACUCGUACAGUGCGGACGUCUAAACAUCACGCACACUCUCUCACUCACACGCACACAAACGCGCGCGCAUUUACUUAAUUUUCUCUUUAUUUUUUCAUUAGUUAAUUUAUUACCCCAC